UUAGUCGUGUUUUAAUCUGUGGUUUGUGCAAAGAGUAAAUUAAUAUGUGGUUUUCUAAUGUUUUUAUCGAUUCUUUUAGAUUUGAGGUUAGAAAAUAGAAAACAAAAAGGAAAGAAAUACAAACAAAAUUAAGCUAAACUUAGUGAUUACAUUCACUUUGACACUUAAUUAUAACGCUUACAACUGCGUUUUAUUAAAUGUGAAGAAUAUAUUAGAGAUAUAACUAGGCGAACUUAUUUAACUAACAAUGUCUACUCGCUGGUACCCCUUGUAUCAGAGAGGAAACCCGCAAUUGCGUGUAUUUUUGCCCAAUUUUUGGAUGAAGCUGGUUCGGUCAUCAGUGAACCAGCUACCAAACGUAGUUCAGUUUCAUUGCUCUAUGGAAAUGACGAAACAUGAUAUAAAGAACUAUUUGGAGAAAAUUUACAAUAUCCCUGUCGUCGAAGUUAAAACAAGAAUAGCAAUGGGUAAAUUUCGAAAGGAUGUUGGCAAAGGCUAUAUUGUUAAGGAUGAUGAUAUAAAGUUUGCUUAUGUGACUUUGCCUAAAACAAUGAAGUUUGAAUUUCCUAAUAUUUUUGAAAAGAAAAAAGGAGACACUGAAGAUGACAUGAAGUCAUUAGAUGAAGCAAAGAAAUCUUUUAAAGGUUUCAUACAAAGAAAUAAAGACAGAUCAGAUGUCCCGAGCUGGUUCACUAUUUAAUAAAUUAAUAGUUGUUUAGUUAGUAAAUAGAAUAAUUAAUGUACAAUAAAUAAAACAUUUCUUACUGUAGAUAUUGUUCAAUAAAUAAAUUAAGUAAAAAAAUA